AGCUCAAAUGUGAGGGGUCAUAAUGCUAGAUAAAUACAGUGGUCACGCUGAUUAGGAGGUGUCACGGGCAAAAGCCGGAUCUUUUCCACUGCCCCUCUUUAUCUCACUCUCUCUCAGAGAGUCCCUCCAUUCCUUCAGCUGUCCUCUCGACUGGAAAGUCAUAAUGCCUCACGCAUACCCAUUCCUCAGCCCUGAGCAGAAGAAAGAGCUCAAUGACAUUGCUCUGAGGAUUGUUGCGCCGGGUAAGGGAAUCCUCGCUGCCGACGAAUCCACAGGCAGCAUAGCCAAACGCUUCCAGAGCAUCAAUGCCGAGAACACUGAGGAGAACCGGAGGCUCUACCGUCAACUGCUCUUCACUGCCGAUGACCGUGUCAAGCCUUGCAUUGGAGGAGUCAUCUUCUUUCAUGAAACCCUUUACCAGAAGACUGAUGAUGGCAAGCUCUUCCCUCAGCUCAUCAAGGAGAGAGGCGCGGUAGUGGGCAUCAAGGUUGACAAGGGCGUAGUUCCUCUGGCCGGAACUAAUGGAGAGACCACCACUCAGGGUCUGGAUGGCCUGUAUGAGCGUUGUGCUCAGUACAAGAAGGAUGGAGCUGAUUUUGCCAAAUGGCGUUGUGUGUUGAAGAUUACCCCCACCACCCCCUCCAGUCUGGCCAUCAAAGAAAAUGCUAAUGUGCUAGCACGCUAUGCUAGCAUCUGCCAGAUGCAUGGCAUCGUGCCAAUCGUGGAGCCUGAGAUCUUACCUGAUGGUGACCAUGACCUGAAGAGGUGCCAGUAUGUAACCGAGAAGGUUUUGGCAGCUGUUUACAAAGCCCUGUCUGAACACCAUGUUUACCUUGAGGGCACUCUGCUCAAGCCUAACAUGGUGACUGCUGGCCACUCCUGCUCUCACAAGUACACCCCCCAGGAGAUUGCCAUGGCCACUGUCACUGCCCUGCGCCGCACUGUGCCCCCUGCUGUUCCUGGUAUUACUUUCCUCUCUGGAGGGCAGAGUGAGGAGGAGGCCACAGUCAACCUGAAUGCCAUAAACACAUGCCCCCUGCACAAACCAUGGGCACUCACCUUCUCUUAUGGCCGUGCCCUACAGGCUUCAGCCCUCAAAGCCUGGGGAGGCAAGAAGGAGAAUGGCAAGGCCUGCCAGGAGGAGUACAUCAAGAGAGCCUUGGCCAACAGUGCAGCAUGCAUUGGUAAAUAUGAAUCAACUGGUGAAAAAGGAGCAGCAGCAGGAGAGUCCCUGUUUGUGGCAAAUCAUGCUUAUUAAAGCACCAUCUCCAUUUAGGAAAUAACUGGACUUCCAAUGUUUCACCCUGCUCUCAGUGAGCAUCCUCUUUUCUGUCCUCUAAUUACUCUGUAGUAUAGUAAUAGGGGAUGAGUGGUGUAUUGAGAGAGUGAGAGAAACUCAUAAACUUUGUAGGUGUGAAAGACCUAAAAAAUCUGCCUCCGUGUCCAUGCUUUUUCCAAAGCCAUAAUUCAGCUGGAAAAAUUCUCUGUUUUGUAGGUGUAAGACUUCUUUUUUCAUAUGAUGAUCCCACAUGUUCUUGUCCUAUAAUAGCCAAGAAAUAAAUAACUUACUCACCAA